AACCAGUGUCCGGCCCAGAGCUUGCGUGCAACAACACUCAAUUUGGUUUUGUUUCUGGCCGACCUGCAAUUGCCACGUCCACCAUCUACCUAGCGACGUGCGUCAGACCCGACCGACCAGACGAGCUUCGGCCAGCAACCACAGUAACAUGAAAGCCAGCGUCCAGUCGCGGGCAUCUCUGCGGAGACUGGCCACUUCGCACAUCCCACGAACCACACAUCCGUCGCCGUUGUGCCGCACUGCAGCCAGGGCAGCCAGCAGCGUGUCCCAGCGGCAAGGCGCGAGCCAUGUCUCCUUUCCCGGCGCCGUCAAGAGCGCCUUCACCGACAGCCUCAAGUUCCACCUCAGCGCCGAGAGCCCGGCGAUGCCGACGUAUCGCGUCGUGGACCAGGAUGGCGCCAUUGUGGACGAGUCGUUCAAGCCCGACAUCAGCGAGGAGGAGGUCAUCAAGCUGUACAAGACCAUGCUGAGCAUAUCCAUCAUGGACGUCAUCAUGUUCGACGCCCAGCGCCAGGGCCGAGUCAGCUUCUACAUAGUCUCGGCGGGCGAGGAGGCGCUCAGCGUCGGCUCGGCGUCAGUGCUGGACAAGGAGGACGUCAUAUUCUGCCAGUACCGCGAGCAGGGCGUCUUUGCGCAGCGCGGAUUCACGCUGGCAGACUUCAUGAACCAGCUGUUUGCAAACAAGAAGGACCCUGGCAAGGGUCGUAACAUGCCUGUGCACUAUGGCAGCAAGGAGUUGAACAUACAUACUAUCUCGUCACCGCUGGCGACACAGAUACCACAUGCCGCGGGUGCGGCAUACGGGCUCAAGAUGCAGCGCGUCAAUGACCCAUCGCUGCCGCCGCGGGUCGCCGUCGUGUACUUUGGCGAGGGCGCCGCGAGUGAGGGCGACUUCCACGCAGCACUCAACAUUGCCGCGACACGGGCGUGCCCGGUCAUCUUCAUCUGCCGGAACAACGGGUACUCCAUCUCGACGCCGACACUGGAGCAGUACCGGGGCGACGGCAUUGCCAGCCGCGGCAUCGGGUACGGCAUUGACACGGUGCGCGUGGACGGCAACGACAUCUGGGCGGUGCGCGAGGUGACCAAGAAGGCGCGCGAGAUGGCGCUCGAGGACGGCGGCAAGCCCAUUCUCAUCGAGGCCAUGAGCUACCGCGUCAGCCACCACAGCACGUCGGACGACUCGUUUGCGUACCGUGCGCGGGUCGAGGUCGAGGACUGGAAGCGCCGUGACAACCCGAUCGCCCGGCUCCGCAAGUACAUGGAGGCCAGGGGCUUCUGGGACGAGGCCAAGGAGAAGGAGGCGCGGGACAGCAUACGGAGGGACGUGCUCAAGGCCUUUGCCGAGGCGGAGCGCGAGAAGAAGCCCCCGAUUCGGACCAUGUUUGAGGACAUCUACGAGGAGCUGACGCCGGACCUCAAGGACCAGAUGCGCCAGCUGCGCGAGCAUCUAGACAAGUAUCCCGACGAGUAUGAUCUCGGAGAGUACGAGGGUGCCAAGAGCAGCUUAGACCAGUAGUAGACCUCACAAAUCAGGCCUCGUAAAGACAUUACCUGCCAAGUUUGCUG